CACGUUACUAAAAAAAAAAAAAAAAAAGUCCCAAGUCUUCCCUGAUGGGAGGCGGCCUUCCCAAAGAUAAACUCCAGAGGCUACUGAAUCUUGGAAUCAUCUUCUUCUUUGUCUUCUGCUCCCAUGACUUUAAUACGUCUAGCAUAUUAGAAAACUGCUAGAAAAUUCUAAAGUGCAUAUUGUCCCCACCGAGGUGUCAGUACAGAGAAAGGAAAGAGAGAAGACCAGAUUCUGAAGACAAAGGGGACAUGUUCUGCUCCAGAGAGGCUGGGUUCAAGGUAACGUCCCAAGGGGACAUGGAGCACCCAAGAGGCAGGCUAAGGAGUGUGGAGGGCUGGGACCCUGAGAUUUGGGGAUCCCCUUUCCAGACGCCAGAAUUUAAGCCCUGACAUGGAUGCGUUCUCCUGCGUUUAGGGAAGGACUCUGAAAUGUCUUAAUUUUCUAAGAGGGCGGAUAUGGAGCACUGCAGUUAAAGGCUCUUGAAACUUGACCCUCAAAGAAAGCCAGACGUGUCUUACGGAGUGAACACGAGGUCUUGAGUAGUUCAAGUUGACAGAUGCAAUGUGCAUUGAAGAAUGGGCCUCGGAGCCGCCCGGGAAGAUUAGGGAAAGUGCAUCUGCUCUUACUCAACUCCGGACCCCGCCUGAGUCAAAUUUUUCCUAGCUCACUGUUUGUUUAGUGGGCUCCACACUAACGGGUUCUUGGCCAUGGAUCCUUCAGGGCCGAAAUUCAGAAGGAGGCAUUUAAGGAAAGCUGUUGCAAAACCUCAGGCAGGAAGGACCCCGUGGUCAAUGGGGCUGUCAUCACUCAGUGUCCACGGAGGCUCACGGGGGCUCAGAAGGAGGCCGGGAUGCAUUUUAAGUGCAUGUUGGCCAACAUAGCACUCCUGGGCUGUCCGGGCUUCCCCAGAUGUCGCCAAUGUGAGGAGGUGUGGGAGCAGAAUUCCUGCCAGCCCCCCAAAUGCAGAGCAGUUUUCCUUUUAAACCCCAGCUUGCUUCUUCCUUUUCGGCAAUCCCUCCAGUGACCUCAUCGGAGAGGAGGUUGUAUAAUUCAAGGCCGCAGCAUUUCCACGGGGCUUCUCAGUGCAGAACAUACCUCUGAGGGCUGCUCUCGUCAUUGGGAAAGUCAGCUGAAGCUGUGAAUUCUUUCCUUUCCUGGGUCCCCGUGGAUGGCGUCCCGGAGCCUGCAGGAGUCCCUGUUGCUGAACCGGAGCCGGCUCUCGGCGCCCAAUGCCACGUCGUGCGACGGCGCGCGGGAAGCCUGGGCCCUGCUGUACGCCGUGCUCCCCCCCUUCGUCGUCACCGUCUGCGUCUGCAGCCUGCUGGGGAACCUCUUCGUGCUGUCCGUCUUCCUCCUCCCGCGGCGGCGCCUGAGCGUGGCCGAGAUCUACCUGGCCAACCUGGCCGCCUCCGACCUGGUGUUCGUCCUGGGCUUGCCCUUCUGGGCGGAGAACAUCGCGCACCAGUUCCGCUGGCCCUUCGGAGGCCCCCUCUGCCGCCUGGUCAAUGGCGUCAUCAAGGCCAAUCUGUUCAUCAGCAUCUUCCUGGUGGUGGCCAUCAGCUGGGACCGCUACCGCGUGCUGGUGCACCCCAUGGCCAGCCGGUGGCGGCGGCAGCGGCGACGGGCCAAGGUCACCUGCCUGCUCAUCUGGGCGCUGGGCGGCCUCCUGAGCGUGCCCACCUUCCUGUUCCGCUCCGUCCAAGCCGUGCCGGAGCUGAACAACUCCCACGCCUGCGUGCUGCUGCCCCCCGGCGGGGCCUGGCACUGGGCGAGGAUGGUGGAGCUGAACGUGCUGGGCUUCCUGCUGCCGCUGGCCGCCAUCGUCUUCUUCAACGGCCACAUCCUGGCCUCCCUGCGCGGGCGGGCGGAGGUCCCGGGGACGCGCUGCGGGGGCCCCGCGGGCGGCAAGAGCACGGCCCUCAUCCUCACCCUGGUGGCCGCCUUCCUGGUGUGCUGGACCCCCUACCACUUCUUCGCCUUCCUGGAAUUCCUCUACCAGGUGCGGGCCAUCCGGGGCUGCUUCUGGGAGGAUUUCAUGGACCUGGGCCUGCAGUAUGCCAACUUCUUCGCCUUCACCAACAGCUGCCUGAACCCCAUCAUUUACGUCUUUGUAGGCCGGCUUUUCCGGACCAAGGUCUGGGAACUCUACCAGCAGUGUACCCCUCGGAGUCUUAGUCUGGGGUCCUUGCCCCACAGGACGGAUGUUCUCCAACAUUUCUGGCAGAAGAAAAACAGCAGGGAGCCAUGAAGCGUGGCUUCCUUUUCAGUAAUUUCGGACAUGAUAGAUGCUGUUGUCGUGGGCUCCGGAUGGAGCGCACCCUGCCCCCUGGCCCCCCGCAAAAAAUGGGCAGGACCUCAUCCCUGGAAACUGUUGCGUGUUUUUCUCGUAGGAGGACUCUGCAGGUGUGAUUAAGGUAAGGGUCCCGAGAUGGGGAGAUGAUCCUGGAUUAUCUGAAUGGAUCCAGUGUCUCCACAAAGGUCCUUAUAAGAGAAGUGGCCAUGUGAGCAUCUGAGAAGGCCAUGCAACCGCAGAAGCAGGAGGCUAGAGGGACCACAGGAGCCCAGAGCCAGGGGCUGGCUGCUGGCGCCCCUUAAGGGCUGGAAAAGGGACAGAGAUGGAUUCUCCCCUUAAGCCUCUGGAAGGAGUCAGCCCUGUAGACAUUCGGACUUGAGCCCGCUGAGAUGGACCUCAGAGGUCUGGCCUCCAGAAACAGAAGACAAUAAAGCCGUGCUGUUUCACGUCA